UUUAUUCACUUAAAUUAUUAUUUUUUCUUCUCAAAGCCAUACCCAUUUCUCUCCCACCCACUUCUUCCAAAAUCAAGAACACAGCCAAACAGUUCUGAACCAACAACUCAAUCCCCAUCCUCCUGAUUUCUCGAGUUUCUUGGGUAUGGAUGCGGUGGUAAUGGACCUGGAUGAGUCUUCCAAACCUUCUUCGACGGAUACCCAAGCUCGGCCACGGAAGGUCCAGAAGCGGAAGAGGGGUUGCAUGGAAAUAGUGUCUUUGGAAAAGGAAGAGAGAGAGGCGAGGAUCGAGGGUAUUCAGAGGGAGAUUGACAGUUUGUUUAAGUACUACGAUGAAGUUAAGUGUCAGAAAGUGGAUCUUGAUUUGGGCCAAUGUAGUUCUAGUGAUUCCAUUGUUGCUGCUCUUAUGGAAGAGAGUGAACUAUCACUCUCGAAGCUUGUUGAUGAGAUUUAUGAGAAGAUGAAGAAGAUUGAUAAUGGUGGUGUUGUGGAAGCAGUGACUGUUGCAUCAGUAAAAGCUUCUGUUCUUUUUGUUGGUCGGAGGGUUAUGUACGGCGUGCCUAACGCCGAUGCGGAUGUUUUAGAAGACGUCUCUAGAGAGUGUCUUUGGUGUUGGGAGACCAGGGAUCUAAAGUUGAUGCCGAAAUCCACCCGUGGAAUACUGAACAUUCGUCGUACAUGUCGGAAAAAGAUUCAAGAGAGGGUCACUGUUCUCUCGGCCAUGAAGUCAUCACUACUUAAGUCAGAGACUGAUCAGACUUGCAUUCAGGAAUUCACAAAAGCAUCUGAUAGACUUAGUAAAGUGUUUGAUGAAGCCAAGAUCCGUUUACUUACAGAUGGUUUGUCACAGAAGAUUGCUACUGAGAUGGCUGAGAAGGAAGCAAAACGAGAAGAGAAGCUAAUGGUCAAACAACUAGAGAGAAAUCAGCGGGAAGCUGAAAAGGAGAAAAAGAGAAUAGAUAGGGAACAACAAAAGGAAAAGUUGCAAAAUGAAAAGGAGUCAAAAGUGACAGAAAGGGAAGAAAAGCGUAAAGAAAAAGAAGAGAAUGAAAUGAAAAAACAACUUAGGAAGCAGCAAGAGGAUGCUGAAAAAGAGCAGCGUCGCAGAGAGAAGGAAGAAGCUGAAUUUAAAAAGCAACUUUCUUUACAGAAGCAAGCUUCCAUAAUGGAGCGCUUUCUUAAAAAAAGUAAACCUAGUUCGUCAUUCCCAAAUGACCAAUCAACAACCGAAUUGAUUAUAUCGGUUCCAUUGAGUAAAAAAAGUGAAAAUGUGCUGCAGGCUUGCACACAGUUAAUGGACUGCACACUUUCCUCAAGUGAUGCGAUCAUUCCUGUUGAUAUCCGCAGGCAGCAUUUGUCUUCUUGGCGCUUAAUAGGCAGUUCCAUUCGAUCAAGAGGAGAAAAGCACUGGGGCAUUCGUCGAAAGCCAAAGUCUGAAUUAUUUAAGGAACUUAAACUUUCAGCUGGCAGAGAAUCAGCUAAUGAUGAUGAAUUGGGUGAGGAGAGGCUUGUAGAUGGUUGGGAAGAGCAAAUUACAGAUGCUGGAACCAGCCAGACAGAGUUAUGCAGUACUUUACUUGAUGUCAGGAAGUCAAACAGAGGGAAGCAGUUGCUGCAGUUUGCAAAGAGCUAUAGACCUGCAUUUUAUGGCAUUUGGUCUUCGAAGAGUCAUGUUGUUGGACCACGCCAUCCUUUCAGAAAGGAUCCAGAUUUGGAUUAUGAUGUUGACAGCGAUGAAGAAUGGGAAGAGGAGGAUCCUGGUGAAAGUCUCUCAGAUUGUGAUAAAGAUGAUGAAGAAAGUCUAGAAGAGGAAGGAUGUGCAAAAGCUGAGGAUGAUGAAGAGAGUGAAGAUGGAUUUUUUGUCCCUGAUGGAUAUCUCUCAGAAAAUGAGGGCGUGCAACUCGACAGGAUGGAUACUGAUGAUGUUGAUGAGGUCAGGAGCACACCUAGUUCUAAACAAGAUAUGGAGGGCAAGGAGCUCUAUAGCGUGUUAAAGCAGCAAAAGCAUCUCCACAACAUGACAAACCUUGCACUUAGAAAAAAUCAGCCAUUGAUCAUAUUAAAUCUAUUGCAUGAGAAGGAUAGUUUGCUAAUGGCUGAAGAUCUUGAUUGCACAUCUAAGCUAGAGCAGACUUGCCUAGCAGCUCUCAGUAUGUGUUUGAUGCCGGGUGGAUGUCUCAUAGAGAUGUCAGUUGAUGGAAUGGCAGAUGAAGAUCCAGAGGUGUGCGUCCCAAGUGACAAGGACAAUGGUACCCAGAUCUCAACAUCCACUAUCCUUGACUCGGAAAUGACUGCAAUUGUAUCAACUAUUCAGUCUUGCUCACAGGGUAUCAACAAAGUUGUCGAGUCUUUGCAGCUUAAGUUCCCCAGUGUACCAAAGACUCAUUUGCGAAAUAAAGUUCGGGAAGUAUCUGAUUUUGUAGAAAAUCGGUGGCAGGUUAAGAAGGCUAUUUUGGAAAAACAUGGUGUUUUGCCGUCUCCAGAAAAAGGCACCCGGAGACCAAAAACUAUUGCAGCAUUUUUUUCAAAACGUUGCUUGCCACCUGCUGGAAAAUGUAUUAAUCCGAAUGGAAGCUCACCUCAAUCUUUGGAACCAGAUUCAGCCGUCCAAGGUCAGAGAACUUGCACGAAUCAACAAUAGGAUCAUCUCAUUUUUACCAGGUUUUGUCCCAUGUCUCGCCUGUUCUUUCCGUAACAGACCAAUAUAUUUGUGAAUCUUAUUGUAAACUGAACUGUGUAAUAUUAGAAAAGAAAAACAAAUGUCAGGGAUACUCUAGUUUGAAAAAUGGUAUCUUUUGCUGUGCCAAAAAUGAAGAUAAUUGAUAUAGAAAAGUUAAUAGUCUUGUAUAAUGUGAAGUUCCUUUUUGUUUGUUUUUUUUGGGAUCCAAGUAUAAUCAGCAAUAAGAAUCUGUGUUAACCAAGUUAUGCUUA